AUGCACCUCUUCCUCCCCCUCCUCCCCCUCCUCCCCCUCGCCCUCGCCCUCCACCUCCGCGUCCUCCUCCCCCCCACCCCCUCCCUCCUCACCCCCUCCCUCCUCCCCCCCUCCACCACCGCCUCCCUAACAACGCAAGGCCACGUCUACACCGCCCCGCUCGGCGCGUCUAGUACUUUUGAUUUUCGGAAUGUGAGCGCGGGGAGCUAUCUGCUCGAUGUGGUGGGGUCAACGCAUGUUUUUGCGCCGCUGAGGGUUGAUAUUACGAAGGGGGACGGGGAGGGGUCGGAGGUGGUGAAGGCGUGGGGGACGUGGAGGGGGAAUGAGUGGGAGAAUAAGGGGGAAGUUGUUGAGGUGGGGGUUUGGGGACGGGAGGGGCGGGUUGUGGAGGUGAAGGCGGUGGGGGUGAAGCAGUAUUUGACAGAGAGAACUGGAUUUUCACCAUUGUCGAUUCUCAAGAACCCCAUGAUACUCAUGGCCGGUGUGGCGAUGUUGAUGAUGUUCGGAAUGCCGAAGCUUAUGGAGAACAUGGACCCAGAAACCCGCGCCGAAUUCGAGGAACGCCAGAAGAGCAGCCCCAUGAACGGACUACUGAACGGACAGGCGGCGCAGGGGGGAGCAGCGAGCUUCGAUGCUGCGGCUUGGUUGGCGGGUGCGCCGUCGAAGAAACAGGGGGUGGAGAAGGGUGUUACGAGGUGAUGAUGCUGUGUAGGGAGUGGGGGA